AGCCAAGGUCAAGGACGUUCGAGUCUGAAGGACGAUAGGCUACAGCGCAGUUUUAGCAGCAUCCUUGAUUCUGUUGGCUUUGGAAUUUUGUGACAAUGGCGGCAAGUCAUUUGCUGUCAAGGAAGUACAGCGUGGCCGUUGAGCCAGGAAAGGAGGGCGAAGAAAUCAAGCCCGGUAGUUUUGGUGGGAAAGCAAUCGGAGUUUUCACCAGCGGAGGCGAUUCGCAAGGUAUGAACUCUGCUGUAAGAGCUGUUGUCCGCAUGGGUUUCUAUCUUGGAUGUAAAACAUUCUACAUUAAAGAGGGCUACCAGGGCAUGGUGGAUGGCAAUGACAACAUCGUGGAGGCAACAUGGGCCAGCUCUUCAGGAAUCAUGCAACUGGGUGGGACAGUGAUAGGCAGUGCCCGGUGCAGCUCGUUCCGCACCCUGGAUGGUCGUCUACAGGCGGCCCAGAACCUGAUAGAGCGAAACAUCACCAACCUGGUGUGCAUUGGCGGUGACGGGUCCCUCACUGGGGCAAAUAUAUUCAGGCAGGAGUGGCCAUCUAUACUGGAGGAGCUCAGCAAACGAAAUCGUAUCACAGAGGAGCAGAAGGCAAGCUGUUCUCACCUCAAUGUGGUUGGAAUGGUUGGCUCUAUAGACAACGACUUCUGUGGGACGGACAUGACUAUCGGUACAGACACUGCUCUACAUCGCAUCAUGGAGUGUGUUGACACCAUAUCCACCACUGCAUCAAGUCAUCAGAGGGCAUUUGUGUUGGAAGUAAUGGGUCGUCACUGUGGUUACCUGGCCCUAGUAGCUUCCCUGGCCUGUGAAGCAGACUGGGUAUUCAUCCCUGAGUGGCCACCAGAGGAAGGAUGGGAAGACACCUUAUGUAAAAAACUGUCUGCUGAGAGGAGUACGGGUCAGAGAUUAAACGUGAUACUGGUAGCUGAGGGUGCAAUUGACCGACAGGGUAACCCCAUAACAGCCAACAAGGUCAAAGAUUUGAUCAUAGACCGACUGAAGUAUGACACGAGAGUUACAGUCCUUGGUCAUGUACAGAGAGGAGGCAGUCCAACUGCUUUUGACAGAAUACUGGGUUGUCGUAUGGGGGCUGAGGCUGUACUAGCCCUUAUGGACGCCACACCAGACACACCAGCCUGUGUUAUCUCCCUUGACGGGAACCAGACAGUGAGGGUUCCACUCAUGGAAUGUGUGCAGAAGACACAGCAGGUACAGAAGGCCAUGGAUGAAAGAAACUUUGAAGAGGCCGUCAGACUUCGUGGAAAGAGUUUCCAGAACAACUUGACCACAUACAGACUGCUGAGUAAACUGCAGCCUCCUAUAAAGGGAGUAGUCAAUAAUAAACAGAAGUUUGCUAUAAUGAACAUCGGAGCCCCUGCCUGUGGUAUGAACGCGGUCGUGCGCUCGUUUGUUCGUCUGUCUCUUGCAAACGGGUAUACAGUUCUGGGAAUUCACGACAGCUUUGAUGGACUUUUGUAUGGAAGGACCUCUGAUUUGAUAGAGCCGGAUCAACAGUCCAAUGGAUAUAUUAGUUGUGUCCAUGAAAACCUCGAAAUUGGUGUGAAGCCAAUGAGCUGGACAGAGGUACAGGGCUGGUCAGGACGAGGUGGCUCUCUAUUGGGAACCAAGAAGGUGUUAGCAGGAAAGUAUGGGCUGGACAAGAUUGCAGAGAAGAUGAAGGAACAUGAGAUUAGUGCCCUUGUCAUUGUGGGAGGCUUUGAGGCUUACCACAGCGCCCUGCAACUGACAGAGGCUAGAGACAAGUACGACGCAUUCUGUAUCCCCAUCAUUGUGAUCCCCUGUACCAUCAGCAACAACGUGCCUGGGUCUGACUUCAGUCUGGGAGCAGACACAGCCCUAAAUGAGAUCACAGAUAUAUGUGACCGAAUCAAGCAGAGUGCAACAGGCACCAAGCGUCGUGUGUUUGUCGUGGAGACCAUGGGCGGGUACUGUGGCUACCUAGCAACCAUGAGCGGGCUUGCAGGAGGGGCAGACGCUGCCUAUAUUUUUGAGGACAAGUUCUCCAUCACAGAUCUGAGGGACGAUGUAUUCCAUCUAAAGAACAAGAUCAUCAGUGCUGGAGUUCAGAGAGGAAUCGUCCUACGAAAUGAGUAUGCCAGUCACAACUACACAACGGAGUUCAUAGAGCAUGUAUACUCGGAGGAAGGCAAGGGCGUGUUCACAUGCAGGAAGAACGUCCUGGGUCACAUGCAGCAGGGUGGGGUGCCGAGCGUGUUUGACAGGAACUACGGUACCAAGCUGGCAGCCAAGGCUGUGUCCAUGCUGGCUCAGCAGGUGCAUGACAACCUCACAGAGGAUGGGCGAGUGUUCACACGAGACCCCUCUACUGCGACCCUGCUUGGCAUGAGACGGAGAUUCCUCGUGUUUACACCUCUCACUGAGCUGAAGAGAAACACCGACUUUGAGCAUCGUCUGCCCUUAGACCAAUGGUGGUUGAAACUGCGACCGUUGCUGAGAAUUCUGGCCAAACAUACAGAGAGGGCUUACGUAGUGGAGAGUUGUAUAUCAGAUAUGCAUGAUAUGGAGGAAGAGGAUUAUUAGAGACCUUGGUCACCAUUGGUUGAUUUAAUUGUGUCACUGAUUGUGAUUGGUCUAUUCAAAUUUUUAAAACAGCUGAAUACUUUGAAUGUCUAAAUAGAUCAGUAGGGUUAAAGGUGUACUCAAGACUCUCAGUUUUUUAAAAGCUUUAAUAUUCAUUAUUUGUUUUUGUUGCGUAUUUCUCAGGUGACACAAAUUAGAAAUCAGAUAAAUUGUAUGUACAUGCUAAUGUGUAUUGAGCAAUUGACAUGUCUUAAAUGCAGUGAAAAGAAAAAAGUGAACAUAUUAUAAUUAACAGAUAUGUUUUUUUACCUGCUUGCUUUGAUGUUUGAAACAGUUUUCAUGGUUGGCUUUAUUUAUGACCAUUUUGCUUUGAAUCUUAUGCUACCCAACCUGUGUUUGUGUAUGGUACACAAAAGAUUUGGAGGUGUAUUCACUUUGAGAUUAUCUGGAAAUUGUUAUUUUAUCAAGAAAAUAUCUUAUAUCUAUGGUAGUUUGAUCUAACGGUGUUCUUUUUAUAUGGAAAUGUGUUAAACUUAUGUACAUGCAUUACUUUAUUAUUAAGUAUUUCACUUUGUUACUAACUGUUAAAAUGGUGUUCCUUUCUCUACUGUACUUAACUACAAAUGAAAGAUUUCCCUGUGGAGAUUUGUAAAUAACAUUUGACAGCAUUGACAAGUAUUAAUGAAACUUCUAAGAAAUGUCUUGAGCUUUGCGGACCUGAGUAUGAUUGCAUGAACUCAUUUCAACGAACUUGCUUUAGUUUUCAAUAGUGACAUAAAUAAAU